AUGGGGGCAGGGCUGCUGUCCAAGCCAGCCGACGUAGCCAGCGUCAGCUACGAGGCCAUUCGUGUAGCCCCGUCAUCAGAAGUUGCGCAGUGGUUUGAAAACCUUGGCAACGAGUUCCAUGAGUACGCGACAGCGACGUUGAGCCACGGCAUCGAUGGCCCCUUGCUGCGAUCCCUCGGGGCGAGCGACCUUCCGCUUGUGUUGGAGUCGCUGGGGGUGACGGACCCCCUGCAUGUCCGCCUUGUCGCCACCUUCUUUCAGCAGUUUAAAACUGCUCAGCGAGCCGCUGAACGGCCUGAGGCAGUGGCUGUCGAGCAUCACACGGUCAAACCAUCGCCGAGACAAAAUCCAAUGAUGACGAAACAAGUGCCAUUCCGCAAAACGACGCUCGCCAUGCCGUCACCACACAAGCACCCCCCACACUCGAGGAACGUACGGUCCAAGUCGGAGGCAUUCGUUUCGUUGCCCAUUCCGUCUAGCGACUACCAGGCGUACUUUUCCUAUGUUGUCGGGCCAGACGAGAACGGCCACCCCAUCAAGGAUCGCGUCGGCGCGAUCCAUGCGGCGCUCAUUUCCAAGGGCGUUGUCGUGUGGUUUGAUUCGGAAAAGGCCGUGUCGUCGCCCAAGUUGAUCGACCAAGGUCUUCUGCACUCGUCCGUGGUCGUGGUGUUUCUCACGCGAAGCUACAUGAACCAAGUCAAUGGCGACGGCGUCCUUGCUUCCUGUCAGUACGAGUUUACGAUGGCGCUGCGACAUCAAACGAUGAGCCACAUGGUGUUUUGUGUCCUGGAAGAAGACAUGAUGCGCUACGAUAGCCUCACGGGGGAGUUUCGUGAAUUGGCCGGCGACGCGGCGUGCAUGGACUUCACGGACGACAGCUUCCUCGACGAGGCGUGUAACGAGCUCGCGGAGACCAUCACGCGGCUCGACGCGACCAAAGACCAAUUCAGUCAGCCAAACGACGUGGCGCGAUGGGGCGUGACUGCGCUCGUCCGGUUCCUCAAGCAGCCAACGACGCCACCGGAGCUGAUCGACGAAAUCCUCCAUGCGUUGGUCAUGAUGUCGUUGCAGAGUCGGCUCGCCGACAAAAUGGUCACAAAAGGUAUCCUCCCGCUCUUGCUGACCAUGAUCAAGUUGCGCCACCACAACUCGAUGACAGACCGAGGGGUGGAGCUCCUUCUGUUGAAUCUAAAAAUCCUCGCCCGGACAAACGCAGUCACUCGACGUAAAACGACUACUCUCGUGCACGAAAUGGGCCUCCUUCCGGACUUCAUGGACCUUCUCAAGGAUGGCCCCGGCGCGACGAAAGAAAACACAGCCGGAAUGCUGCGCAAUAUGUUUUGUGCUGGCGAACGCAUGGCCGCCCUUCCCGACGUCACGACAAGCGAGCACUUCAAGACGUGUGUGGCCACAUUCUUAUCGAUGCUUGUUCACGGGAACGUAAACCAACAGUACGAAGCAGCGUCGGCGCUGAGUGCAUUCGCCGCGCAUCGGGAUUUCCAAACGCUCAUUGUGCGUGCCAACGGCAUUCGCAUUUGCCUCGCCCAGGUCAUGCAAGCAGACUUGAACGAAUGUGUCCGGGAUCACGUGGCCAUGAUUCUCCGGUUCCUGAGCGGGACGGAAGGAAACCAGCGAGAGAUCGGAGCGGAAGGAGGCGUGGAAGCGUUCUUGACGUUACUGGAGAGCGGGUCGACCUGCCAGCGAGAAACGAGUGCAGGGGCGCUCAACUGGCUCAUGGAAUGCGAAGACAAUCGAUGUAUUCUCGCUGGCGACGGUGGCGUUCCGACAUUGCUCAAGUUCAUGAAGUCCGACACGACGCUAUUCAUCAGCCAACAAGCUAUCAACGCCCUGAGCAAGCUGGCCCAUCACAGCCAUUACCACAGCGACUUGGCGGCGGCCGGUGCCUUGGAGCCGUGUCUGGCGGUGCUGGAAACGGGGGUGGACGGCCAAAAGACGGCCGCAGCGCACAUUUUGUCGGCGAUUGCGUCGACGGACUUGAUCGACGGCAUGAUCAAGGCGAUUCCAAUCACGGUCAAGUUGUUUCACCGAGGAUCGACGGUUCAGAAACGAUUGGCGGUGGACGUGCUCUCCAAGCUGUGUCGGCGCAAACAGUUCAAACAAACGAUCCUGAACCUUGGCAUACCCGAAGGUGCCCGUUCAACUUGCAUUCAAAUCCACAUGCUAGGAUCUUCACGUGGCACGAUGGUGUUCUAG